UUAUAUACUUACAUUACAUUAUCUGUGUAUCAGCACUCCAUAUCUCUCACUCCAACAAAGAGAGAAACGUCAAUGAUAAUUGUCAGUUUUUUUUCGGUCAGUCAUGCACAGCUUGUAGUCAAGUGUAGUUGCUGUGGUUUUUCUUUUUUUCCUCCACUUCCAAUUUGUUUUAUUAUUAUACAUUUUUUUAGUUAAAAAAAUAAUUGAGGUUGAGGUUAUGAGUUAAAAAAAAAUGAUUUCAACUUUUUAUGAAAGAAUCGUGGGCACUUCACCACCACCUGAACAAAUCGUUCCUAAAAUUUUGUGUGUUGGAUUAAGCUGUGUUGAUAUUGUACAGCUUUGUAAAAGUUAUCCUCAAGAGGAUACUGAUCAAAGCUGUAUAGACUUUAGGUAUCAAAGAGGUGGCAAUGCAAGCAAUAAUUGUACAGUGAUAUCCCAAUUAGACUACCCAUGUGAAUUUUUGGGUAUCCUCAGUAAAGAGCAAUUUUCAAAGUUCCUUCAAGAUGAUAUGAAAAAAUUAAAAAUAGACUUUUCACAUUGUCCUAUACUCGAAGAUGGAGGGUGUCCAACUUCUGUUGUCCUUUUAAGUAUGAGUACUGGCUCACGUACCAUUAUACACCAUAAACAGAAUGAGACUGAAAUAACAUUGAAAGAUUUGGAAAAGCUUAGUUUGGAAGAUUACACUUGGAUACACUUUGAGGGUAGAAGGAACGUAUCCGACAUCAUACAAAUGAUGCAACACAUUGAAAAUUACAAUAAUGCAUUAAUUCAAAUGCAAAGUGUAAAUGGUGACAAGUCUACACAUCUUCCGAUAACUGUUAGCGUGGAAUUAGAAAAAACCAGACCUGAACUGCUUGAUCUGCUGCCUUAUGCAGAUGUAGCAUUCGUGUCUAAAGAUUUUUCUCAAAGUAGAGGCUACACGAACAUGAGAGAAACAUUAAAUAAUUUUAGCCAAGAGUCUAAAACAGGAGCAACAAUAUUCAGCGCCUGGGCAGAUCGUGGAGCAAUGGCCCGAGCACCUGACGGCACAAUCGUACAAUCUCCAGCUUUUCCUCCUUACAAAAUCAUUGAUACCCUCGGUGCUGGUGAUACCUUCAACGCCGCUGUUAUUUACUAUUUGAACAAAGAAAAAAUAUCCUUUCAUAGGGAUAGAAAUCCCGACGACCAAUCUCUAAAAGUUGAAGUUUCGCGUAAUUUCAACAUUGAGAGUUCCGAGAGGUGUCAGACAGAGUUUAUAAACCGAGACGUACUCCAGAGUGCCGUUGUCUUUGGCUGUCGACUGGCAGGCGCCAAGAUAGGCUUAAGAGGCUUUGAUGGCUUGAGUAAAGUAUACAAGAAUUAUUUGUCAUGAGCUGUUAUUUAUU